UGUGUAUAUAUAUUUUUUAAUGAAAACACAUAAAAAAGAACAUUGGGAAAUGUGCCAUCCAUCGCGCUGAUCGAUGACGUCAUCUCCCCUCGUAGAUUAUUUAAUUUAGUCUCCGUUUCUCCGGAGUCCGGAGCCAGAAGGAAUUCAUAGCUACAGUGUCUACGCAAUUUCUUUGAUUAAUUUCGGAAAAUGGCGAGUAAGCUGAAAACGGAAGCUAUUAUGGACAUGAUGAAGGAUCAUCUCUCCACCGACGCCGGCAAAGAACUCACAAACAAGAUCGGACUCGUCUACCAAAUCAACAUCGCUCCCAAGAAAUUAGGGUUCGAUGAGGUUACUUUCAUCGUCGAUCUCAAGAAAGGCGAAGUCACCAAAGGAAAAUACGGAGGAGGAAAGGUCGAUGCUACCUUUUCCUUUAAGGAUGAUGACUUUGUCAAGGUCGCAACUGGAAAGAUGAAUCCCCAGAUUGCUUUCAUCAGGGGGGCGAUGAAGAUCAAGGGCAGCCUCAGCGCCGCGCAGAAAUUCACGCCAGACAUCUUCCCGAAGCCGUCGAAGUUGUGAACAGAAAAAGAUCAGGAACUUGGAAACCCUAGACAUGGUUCAACGUUGCCUGAAAAGGGUGGAAGUUUAUGAGUUUUGAAGCACACAAACAACAAGAACAAGGCUUUAGUUUUCAAACCCAAUCUGGUGGAUUUAAGAGUGAUGGGGAAUAUACUUAGUAGACAAUUCCAGAAAUAAUUGUUUUACAAUUUUAUUAUUAUUCUCUGUCGGAAUAAAGAUUCAUGAUCCUCUGCACUGAGGCAUGGCUGCAACUA